GAUCGGGUUACCACUCAAGCAUGUGACACUUGACUCCCGUGACGCAGCACCUACGGAGCACACCGUCCCUCUGCUAUUCUUCUUCCUUCCAUCUUCAAAAUUAACUUGGCUACCAUCGCACUUUGGCCAGUAUAGGCACUUCAUGCCAAUUCCCCUAGGCCACGAUCUCUCUCUUCAAUGGAUCACUUGAUCGAUUAUCAUUAUUCAUCGCAUCCACGAUCUAUUCCUAUCUGCCGAUGAGGCUGUGCACAUCGGCCCUCCAAUGACCUGACAAGCCACCGUCUCCACUCUCUUGACAUCAGUGGCUAGUAGACAGAACGACGACUGACGAGCGUGAGCUCACUACUGAAUUGACAACCUUCCCGCAUGGCUCGUCACUCUGUCUCCGAGCUUGGUCAAUAGAUCACUCACCGCACCCGAAAUCCAUUGACUGCUGCCUGUCAACUGUUUCUAUCCCUUGCAGCUUUUCCAUUCUGGCCUCCCUGGGCUCCUGUUCUCCGCCAGCGACUCUUUAUUACUAGAUACCCAUGAUGUUACCACUGCCGCAUCAUCCACCAUGCCCCGAGUACUGACGCCGAGCUGGGGUCGUCCUGUGCGCGGCCAGAAGCGUCGAUAUUCUGCGCGGCCAUUCUACUGGACUCUCUUGGCGUUCACAAGUUUCGCAGUCUUGAAAUGGGGUCUUGGUCGCCUCGAAGGGAGCCUUCCCACGCAGCUCACAACCCGCGGUUGGCAAUCGGCUAGUCCCAUUACCCAUCAGGUUGUCGCACGGAAUACUGAACUGGAGUGCCGUCUCGUUCGUGACGCUAAAGAUCAAUGCUCCUUUGUCCGCAUAAACUGUCCAGAUCAUGAAGAUGGGUUCUUUUCCUAUCUUCAGUUCUAUUAUUGCACCCUCGCAGACGCCAAACCACUUGCCUUCGUCACCCUUAUCUUGUGGCUAUCUCUACUCUUCAGCACCAUUGGAAUUGCCGCUAGCGACUUUCUGUGUAUUGACUUAAGCACCUUAGCUAGUUUUCUCGGACUGAGCGAAAGCUUGACUGGCGUCACUUUUCUGGCGUUUGGGAACGGAAGCCCCGAUGUUUUCUCCACGUUCGCUGCCAUGAGGUCCAACAGCGGCAGUUUGGCCAUUGGUGAACUACUCGGGGCUGCAAGUUUUAUCACAUCUGUGGUCGCGGGGUCAAUGGCGCUGGUUCGCCCAUUUAAGGUCGCACGGAGAAGCUUUGUUCGGGAUGUGGGGUAUUUCAUCGUGGCUGUCAGCUUUAGCAUGUUGCUGUUAGCUGACGGUCGCCUUCAUGUCUGGGAAGCUGCCACUAUGGUUGGUCUGUAUUGCUUCUAUGUCGGUCUGGUCGUGGUUUGGCACUGGUACAUUGUACGGAAACGCCGAGUCUAUGAGAGAAAUCUAGCGGCGCGGUCACAUUUCCAUAUACCAGACAAUCAGGAAUUGGAGAUCGAGGAAGUCGAAGAGGAUGACCCGGGAGUGGCAUCCGAGUCAACAAGUCUCCUUCGUGCUGUCGACUUUGAUUCUUUGGAAAGGGCCGGUGUGCCUGCCUGGAAGGACGGAGACGAGGAUGACGAGACCCGCAACCGCUACCUGGCCGAAAUACGAGAUAACAUGCAUGUUAUCCGUCCUACUGCACACAGGCGCAACACGUUGAACCCAAUAAGACCUAGUCUCGUUGGCGCCUUGGAGUUUCAGUCGGUGCUUUCUUCCUUGCAGCGAUCACGGAGCACACACCAAAACGGCCCGAUCCACCUGCCAAGAUAUUCGGAUAACCGCGACUAUGAAACGCAGGGCCCGUCACACAUGCACGACAAUAUGUCAGUCGCAUCCCACCCGAGAGAUAACAGAUCGUCCGCGACAGAUCAUCUCUCACCGUACGGUGCGAGUGGACCCGGACGUACUAGGGCUGUGUCUGCUAACGACGCUGCCGGACUGAAACUGGAUACCAGCGUGCUUGAUCCUUCCAUGACACGGCCCCUUGUCACUGUUAGUCGACCCACGGGCGAUAGUUCAAGCACACAACCAACGCACCAGGCCGGUCCCCACCCAGAUUUAAUACUUUCGACGCCAGAGUCAGGGCAUCCAUCACCAAAUCUAAGCCCCGUGGCAAGGGACCGGCCUCAUACGCCACCUACUUUACUUGCCCCUUCAAAUGCUUUCCAGUCUCCAAACUAUCAGACAGAAACACGUCACUCGCAAUCCCCCCUUCCGCUGUCCCCGCGAGGAACCUCAUUAUCGCCCGGUAACUCUGCUCCGACGAGUCCAUUUCCUGCCUUCGAUAUACCAGGCUCUGCACCUCGACCCCCGAGUAUACGCUUGCCCGCUGCUUCUAGCCCCACAGAAUCGCUUCAGAUCCACGACGGUAUCGUUGACGAUGGACGUCCUCGCCGUCGAGUCCAAGCCAAAUGUCGGUCUUGGUGGGCGGCAUUGCCCAUUCGGACAGUUCUCUCCACGCUUUUCCCCACCCUGGAUGGCUGGAAAGCUAAAACAUUUUGGGAGCGACUAUUGGGAAUCGCGGCCGCUCCCAGUGUAUUGCUGUUGACCAUAACUCUGCCUGUAGUCGAACCUGUACAACCCCAGACGCCGACAGGUCCAGUCACCGUUGUCGUAUCUCCAACAGACGAUGAGAGUUCUACAGCGCCUCUCGUGAGACUUCCAGAUGAUAGUCCACUAAUUCACGCCAUUGAUCGAGAAGACACUACCAAUGAGGCAACAAACCAGAACAGUAAAACGCAGCCGUCAUAUGAUCGGCGACGGUGGGACUCUGAGCUGCCCGCUGUCCAACAACAGCAAGACACAUCGUCCGUCUCUACCAAAGAAAGCUGCCAAUGGCUUGUCUGGAUACAGCUUUUCACUGGCCCUUUCUUUGUGACUCUAAUAUCUUGGACGGCCAUGGACCCCGAACUCAAACUUCGCAAUUUAUUGCUACCGUUUCUGUGUUCCCUCCUCUUUUCUCUUGUGUGUCUCACAUGCCUUCUCUUGAGCACGCGACGCAGUGGACACUCACAUAUUCCCAACACAUGGCGCCCUUUCCUAGCCUUACUCGGAUUCAUGGUCGCUAUAUUCUGGAUUGCAACCAUAGCUACAGAAGUUGUUAGCCUCCUCAAGACAGUGGGGUUCAUUCUGAAUAUCAGCGAUUCUCUCCUCGGGCUGACCGUGUUCGCUGUUGGGAAUUCCCUAGGCGAUUUGGUUGCCGACAUCACUGUUGCACGCCUUGGGUAUCCGGUUAUGGCGCUCAGUGCCUGCUUCGGUGGGCCAAUGUUAAAUAUCCUUCUAGGAAUCGGAUUGGGUGGUUUAUAUAUGACCAUGAACGCAAGCCCAGACUCGGUCAUUGCAACUGGAGGGUCUUACGAGAUCGCCAUCUCGAAUGUUCUCAUAAUCAGCGGUGCAACGCUGUUGAUUACCCUUGUGGGAUUGUUGAUUGUCAUCCCUCUGAAUAAGUGGAGGAUGGAUAGAAAGAUUGGCUGGGGUCUGGUUAUCUUAUGGUGCGUCAGCACCUUGGCUAACGUGAUUGCUGAACUUGUAGCUUGAGCUGUUUUUGGAUUGUGACGGUUAUAUCUCUUUCUCAUUGCUUUUUAUUUUAUUUUUCUUUUGCUUAUCUUGGCUGGCACCAUCGUCAAUUUAGCUUUUCUCUAUUCUAUAUCUUUUCCUUCUCUAUUUCUUUCUUUUUAUUUUCGCUUUUCAAUCUGGAUCCGAAUGCUCGUUAUAGAACGUCAGUUUCUGGAUAUAUAUAUUGCAAGGAUUAAGAUAUAUAAGUUAAGGAUGGGUAAAUGGAUUUUGUGUAAUUAUGGAAUGUAAC